GUCACAUUGAGCAUAUAUUUUUUGUUUUUGUAAUUAAUAAAAUAUUUGUGUCUAUUUUAUACAUUCAUACCUUUCCAUGAGUCAAUAAUAAACAUUAAACAGAUCAUUUUGAGUGACAUUGUCGUAUUGUAUUGCUGCCAAAUAAAAAAUGUCUCCGGAACCUUACACUUGUGCUCUUGAUCCAAAAACUGAAACGAGGGUCAAGAUAUAUCUCAUGAGGGAUGUUAAGAACGUCGAAACGAUAAGAAGCAAUGUUAUUGACGGUACCUGGAAAUGUGCAGUAAUAAAACCAAGCUUAAUACUAGACAUUCUUCAAGUUGUCGUAGCCGCGAACCGGGCCAUACUGUCAGAAAGAUCCAAUACAAUGGUAACGAAGACUGUCUACUCGGAAAUAUUGUACAAUUUAUCCCUGACUAAGAAUAUCUCACAAAGUCUAAGUAAAUUUGGUGUUGAAAAGGACAACAGUGUACUCAUCUGUUUUUUAGUUAAUGAAACUGAUGAAAGUGAAGACAUUAUAAAUGCAAUAGAAGGAGAUUUAUGUUCUUUGAGUGAAUUAAAUAAAUUUACUAAUUUAAAAGACGUUAAAAGUGUGUAUAAAUUGAAUAAUUUGAAAUCUGAUUUGGAUUUGCUAGAUGUUAUUAUAAGCAGAAUGGUUACCAAGAGUUUUGUUAGUCAUUAAAGUUUUUAUUAUAA